AUGGAAGCCCAGAACAAAACCCAAGGGACAGAAUUCAUUCUCCUUGGUUUGUCCAGCCUCCUCAGCCAUGAAGUCUACCUUUUCUUGGUGUUUGUUGCCGACUAUUUGGUCACCCUGAUGAGCAACUUCAUGAUCAUCCUCUUAAUUCUCCUGGAUGCCCGUCUCCACACGCCCAUGUACUUCUUCCUCAGCCAGCUCUCCUGCUUGGAUAUUUGCCUUUCUUCUGUGGUGGUGCCAAAGAUCUUGGUGAACUUCCUACGCCAACAGCACACCAUCUCCUACGGCCAAUGCCUGGCACAAGCCUUCUUCCUGAUUGGCUUUGCGGGGUGUGAGCCGGCAUUGCUGGCCGUCAUGGCCUAUGACCGCUAUGCUGCCAUCUGCCAACCUUUGCACUAUGCCCACCUGAUGAGGAGCAAGGUCUGCAUCCAGAUGUCGGUGGCCGUUUGGCUUUGGGGCUUCCUGGACUCAGCCAUCUAUGCCGCUCUGGCCUCCAAGUUGGAUUUCUGUGGACAGGUCCUGGUUCCUCACAUGUUUUGUGAUGUCCCUCCAUUAUUGAAAAUCGCCUGCAGUGACACUUCCAUCCAUAAGUUGGUCAGUUACAUCAACAGCACCUUGGUGGGUCUUGUCCCUCCUGCGCUCAUCAUCCUGUCCUAUUUCUACAUUUUGUCCUCCAUUCUGCGGAUCCGCUCCAAGGUCGGCAGGCGCAAAGCCUUCUCCACCUGCGCUUCACACCUU